AUGACGGACGACAUCGAAAAGGCCGAGAGCCGCUCGUCCCAUCCCGACAAUGACAGCACCACGGUCCACGGGGAGUCGGGCUUCGAACCCAUCCGCACCGGCACCAUCAGCAGCGCAUCGACGCGAUCCGCCCGGCGCUCGCGGUCCCUCAGCCGGUCGCGCUCGCACAACGGCUAUAGCUGCGACGACUACGAGCACAGAGACGACAGCCCGCAGGGGCAGGGGGGAGCGGCCGAGAAAGAGGUCGACCCCUACGAGGUGGCCUUCGACGGCGGUGACAGCGACCCCAUGUGCCCACGAAGCAUGGGCAAGUUCAGAAAGUGGCUCGUCGUGUCCAUCGUGUCGUGCGCCAGCUUUUGCGUCACCGCCGCGAGUUCCAUCUACACGUCGACUUACGGCCAGAUGGACGCCGAGUUCGGCAACUCCCGUAUCGUGGCCACCAUCGGCCUGUCGACUUUCGUCCUUGGAAUCAGCCUGGGCCCCAUGUUCUUGAGCCCGCUCAGCGAGUUCUGCGGCCGCCGGCCCAUCUACAUUGUCUCCUGGAGUAUGUAUCUCAUCUGGCUCAUCCCUUCAGCCGUCGCCCACAACAUCGCGACCAUGAUCGUCUCCCGCUUCUUCGACGGCCUAUCGGGCAGCGCCUUCCUGGCCGUGUCUGGCGGCACCGUCAGCGACUUGUUCGCCCGCCAUGAGCUCCAAGCUCCGAUGCUCAUGUACUCGCUUGCCCCCUUCAUCGGGCCCUGCAUUGGCCCGCUGAUUGGCGGCUUCAUCAACUACAACGCCGACUGGAGGUGGACCUAUUAUGUGUUGAUCAUCUGGGCCUUUGCGCUAUUAGUCGCUAUUCUCGUCUUCGUACCUGAGACGUAUCAUCCGGUUGUCCUUCGAAACAAGGCACGCAAGAUGCGAAAGGAGACGGGAGAUGAGCGCUGGAAGGCCCCCGUCGAGAAGACGACAAAGUCCGUCAUCAAGACCAUUGGCAUCUCGUUGAUGCGCCCCUUUCAGCUGCUCGCCUUCGAGCCCAUGGUCCUCAACCUCGACAUCUUUUCGGCAAUCCUCUUGGGCAUAUUGUACCUCUUCUUCGGCGCGUUCCCGCUCGUCUUUAGCAACGUCCACGGUUUCAACCUGUGGCAAGUCGGAUUGACCUUCAUGGGCAUCCUCGUUGGCAUGUUCCUUGCCGCCGCGACCGACCCUUUGUGGCACCAUAUCCGCAGCCGGCUUAUAGCCGAUCUGGAGAAGGAGACGGGCGUCGAGGGGGCAAGCGAGCCAGAAUUCCGGCUCCCUGCAGUCAUCUGCGGCGCCUUCCUGUGCCCCAUUGGCAUCUUUUGGUUUGGAUGGAGUCUCCAUCUGCACUGGAUCAUGCCCAUCAUUGGAUCUGCCAUCUUUGGAGCAGGGUAA